UCAGCAACUCCCACCAGUUACAAAUCUUUUGCCACAGAGACAUAUGAAAUCUAUGUCCACCUUCGCCGCUGGGGGUUCUAUAAAUAGCCAAACUCACCUCACUAAUUAGGCAGACCCCCGGAAGCAUUUCUUUAUUUAUCUCCUUCCAAAAUCAAUUUACUCCAGUGUUAUAACCUUCCGCAUUUCCUUCAACAAGGCUACUACCAGAAUGGCUGCUGCCAAAAAUGUUGCUCAGUCUCCUCUUGAGAGAAGCUGCAGCUUGGCAUCGCUAGACCAUAAGCUAGCCAUGGCCAAACGUUGUUCUCAUGAGGGUGUCGUCGCCGGAGCUAAAGCAGCUGCGGUUGCUUCUAUUGCAACUGCCAUCCCAACUCUGGCUAGUGCAAGAAUGGUCCCGUGGGCAAGAGCCAAUCUCAACCCAACUGCCCAAGCUCUCAUUGUUUCCACAGUGGCUGGAAUGGCUUAUUUCAUCGUAGCGGACAAGACUGUUUUGGCAACAGCAAGGCGAAACUCCUUCAAUCGGCAGACCUCCUCAUCAGCCUCUAACAACUAGCACUUGCUUUAAUGCUAAUUGUGUGCUCCUCCUAGCUAACUAGGAUGCAGUUGUCGUUGUUGUUGCGGUACUAAAUACUAUUGACUGCUACCGCCAUCUAUCUAUGGUUUGUGAAUGCAUAAAUAAAAAUGUUGAGCUUCUUUUCUGCU